AUGGCGCAUCGCAUCAUAACUCAAGUCUUUGUAACUGGCACCCGCGUCUUUGGCCGCGCCGUCGCCGAAGCAUACCGCCACGCCUCUGCCUCACAAAAAUACCAAGCCGCAACCGGAAUCAAGGGAGCUACUGGUGGAGCUGGAUUGACACUGGAUGAAGCCUGCAAGAUUCUGAACGUCGGCCCUCCUAAGGGCGGCAAGGCCAACAUGGAACAAGUGACGGAGCGCUUUAAGAAACUUUUCGACCAGAACGACCCCAAGAAGGGAGGUAGUUUCUACCUGCAGAGCAAGGUGCUGCGAGCAAGAGAAAGAAUUGAGAUGGAAGUGCGCGAGGCAGCGAGGGCAGCAGAGAGGGAAGCGGAGCUACAAGAAGGAUGGAAGCCAAAGGUUUACAAAGACCGAUAG